AUGCACCAUGCCAUCCGCUGUCAUCUUCGUCGCGCGCCCUACGAUUCCCCCGCCAUACGCAGCAAGUGCUUCCACUCGUCGGCGCUCACCUGGCUCACGCUGAGCCGCGACUGCUUGAGCAUCUGCAUCUUGUCCAGCGGCUGCCCCGGUGCGCCCAUGUCCUUGAGUUCCUUGAGGAAAAUGGGCCGAGCAAACUUGCUUCGGAACUGCACGUGCACCACACUCCACUUGGGCUCUUUGCCCGCGGCCAAGUCUGCCGCCGCUUUCGGGUCGUAG